GCUGUGCCGGGCUGUGUCAGGGCUGUGUCCGGGAUGUGUCAGAGCUGUGCCGGGCUGUGCCCCUGCUGUGUCCGGGCUGUGCUCGGGCCGGGCAGUGCCCCGUGUGCCGCCCGGGGUCGCUGGAGCGGUGGUCUCUGCUCGGAGUCACUCGGGUUGUGUUUCUCUGCACGUCAAGCGGCACACCCACAAUAAACUGCCUACUGGAAGUAAUAAACCCAACGCGCGGUGGACUUAAAAAGAAGCUGCAAGUCACCUUGUAAUGGAAGAGAGUGGAGCUGACCAUGAUAUUGCUAUGGAAGGAUCUAAUGAUUUGUUCAUAGGCAGCUGUAAUGCUACAGGAGAGUCAGAAACAAAUGAUCAGAUUUUUCAGAAGUUGCUGCUCAAAGUACAUUUUACUGUUUUUCCUCUGUGAAAGCAACUGAGGUGCAUGGAUUCCAGGGAUCUAUUGUUCGGCCAGAGCGACUCUCCCCCAGCCCUGCCCAUCGCAGUCCCCCUGUCGGGCAGCCCUCCCCAGGCGCGGUCCUGCUCUGCCGAGGAGCUGCCCGGGGCAGAGCAGCCCAGGCAGCCGCUGUGUGAGCUGCAGCCCCUGGGAGGGCCCGGUGCACCCAUGAUGAUUGUUACCAGCCAGUCAGAAAAUGGGCAGGUGCUGCAUGUCAUUCCUUCUGCCCAGCCAGGAGUGACCCAAGUGAUUAUUCCUCCAGGUCAGCUUCUGGAUGUGACCAGCACACAGGAUAUUUCAGAAGAGAAGUGUGGUGAUGGCAAUCUGCAGACUGUGGUGGUGGCUUCCAUAGCAGACAGUGCAAGCAGUUACAUUCUACAUCCACAGGCGUCUCUCACUGUAUCCAAAAAAACAACCACCAGGGCAGUGGAAGAUUCUUUUCCCAUCCCUCUUCAGCCAUUGCCACUAAAUACGCCUGCAUGGGCACGCCGUCUCAGGAACUGUGAGAGAAUUGGGGACUCGUACCGCGGCUAUUGCGUGAGCGAGGCAGAGUUAGAGAGCGUCCUGGCGCUGCACAAGCAGCAGACACAGAGCGUGUGGGGCACGCGCCAGUCUCCGAGCCCCGCCAAACCCGCCACACGCUUGAUGUGGAAAUCCCAGUAUGUCCCAUAUGAUGGGAUCCCCUUUGUCAAUGCAGGAAGCAGAGCCAUUGUAAUGGAGUGCCAAUAUGGGCCAAGGAGGAAAGGAUUUCAGCCCAAAAAAGCUGGUGAGCAGGAAAGCACCUCUAGCCAGCUGUACAAAGCCACUUGUCCAGCAAGGAUCUAUAUUAAAAAGGUCCAAAAGUUUCCAGAAUACAGGGUUCCUACUGACCCUAAAAUUGACAAGAAAAUCAUAAGAAUGGAGCAGGAGAAAGCAUUCAACAUGCUGAAGAAGAACUUGAUAGAUGCUGGUGGUGUGCUCAGGUGGUAUGUACAGUUACCUACUCAGCAAGCCCACCAAUAUCAUGAGAUGGAAACUUCCUGCCUCCCUCCUUCACCAUCCCAUCUUUCUGUGUCUUCUCCUGAGGAGGAGGAGGAGGUCAUUAGGGAUGAGAACAGUACUCUGCCUUCUCGACUUCAUCCUCAAGUGGCAGACAAGAUCCGAGAGCUGGUGUCUCAGGGAGUGGAGCAGGUCUAUGCAGUGAGGAAGCAGCUAAGAAAGUAUGUGGAAAGAGAAUUGUUCACACCUGAUGAAGUGCCAGAAAGACAUAACCUGUCCUUCUUCCCCACUGUGAAUGACAUCAAGAACCACAUUCAUGAAGUGCAGAAGUCCCUAAGGAAUGGAGAGAUGGUGUAUGAUUCAGAAAGUAUCCCAGCAACGCUGCAAUGGACCACAGACAGUGGGAAUGUCCUCACAGAAACAGUGACGAUUGCGUUUGCCUCAGCACCUUCUGAUGGGAGCUCAGGAGUCGAGUCAGUCAUCACCAAAGCAGAAUCCAACCAGAGCGGGGAGUCCUUGGUGCCAGAAACAGCUCAGCUGCUGUCUUCACUCUCCUCACUUCAGCCCAAGAUAUUUGCACAGCUUCAGGGAUUACAGCUGCAGUCAGCAUUUACCUCGACAAACGGAUCAACAGCCCUGCUAGCUGUAAAUAACCAUUCCCCUCCCAGCCCUGCAGGUCUCCUGGAUUCCCUGGGGGGUGCAAUAGGCAGCCAUUCUCUAGCACUGGGUAUGGGGCACAGUCUGCAAGGUGCUGGCCUGACACAGGACAGUGCUGCUGUGCCUGCUUUUGGGGCUCUGCCUGCCUCUGAUCAGAGUCUGCUUGCCAUGGGCCAGCUGGUGCCAGGCGAAGGGGUGGAUGACUCCAGAAGCCUGGAAGGAGGAGUGCAGCAGAUUCUCUUGGGAGAUGUGCAGACUAUCCCAGUACGGAUUGUGGACAGCCAGCCAGCACUUACUGAAGAAAGUACAGAGGGUGUUGUUACUUGUGUGAGCCAAGUUAAACAAGAACCAAGAGAGAAAGCAUUGUCUAUGGAAACAGAUAAAAUCAGAGACUGCCACAGUUCCUCACCAUAGUUCUUCACCUUCACCUGUGAAGCCUGGAAGGAUUUUCAAAUUGGAGAACUCUAAAUGUCUUGGAAGGAAAGGCAGGUGCUCUCAAAGUACUGCCAUUCUUUUUUAAUUUCUAUAUGACUUUCAGAAUAAGCAUAUUUUAGAGUACUUCUGAUAGAAAGCUGUUUUGCUUGGACUGAUGGGGCUCACUGCCAGCUCCAGGUCAUUCCGUUGCCCCGUGGAACACCACCUCACUCUUCUGUUUCAAGUUUUGAGUAAUUUGGAUUCUAUCCAAAUGGUCAUUUUGUUCAUUGUUUCUGAAGGUCUUCCACAAUUUAAUUCCUUAGCUUUAGAAUGUGGAUCACAAUGCUGGGUUCACAUUUUCUGCUUGAAACCCUUGACUUUUAUUGUACUACAGAGACCAUAGAAUCUGUCAGCUCCAAGAUCACAGAAUCCAACAGCAAAGUGGAUCAGUAUGGCAAUGGUUUUGUGACAAAAGGAAGGUCCAGGAUGCUAAACUUCAAAGUGAUAAAGGACAUGGAUGCUUAAGAAAAUGCAACUUUGACCUGAUCAUAAUGUUAAUGGUGUGAAGAUCAAGGAGAGGAGAAAGCUCAGUAUCUGCCCAAAUGUCUCUUUCUUCAGACUUAUUAAGGCUUCCACAGAAAUCCCAUGCUCUCAGGCCCUCCAAUUCUCAGUGUUUCACUGUUGGACUGUUGAAGGAGCUGCUGAGUUCACUGCACAGGUCAGAAGCUAUCCAGCUGGCCUAUCCAAAAACAGCAGCUAAGAAGUUCUACAAGCCUUCAAGGAACGUGGAGAGCAUGAAAGUGUGUAAGAUCUUGUGAGAGGACCUGCAGGAAUGAAACAGAGGAGAAUAAAAUUUGAUGACAUGACUUCUAUGUAAUGCACUUUCUUUGGUGGGAGGAAGAGGAUUUUCCAAUAGAGAAUAAAAAACAUGAAGCAUUCCAAACUACCCCUCAAAACCACCAUGCUUAGAGCCUGAAAGGAUCACUUACCUCUGAGAGUACUCCAGAUAACUGUCAAGAGACCAGAGCAGAGAACAGAAGAGGAAGACAAGUUUGCAAAAAACUGCUUGCAGGAGAUAGAAAGCUCUCAAAGUUACAGCUGAAGAUGGCAAUUUCUUAUUGCUGAAAUGGCUCACUUUAUAUGUGUGCUGGUUAUCUUCUGAAUGCAAACUGGUCUGAUAACUCUGUGGUUUUGGCUGUUGACAAAGCUGUUAUCACAUCUGAGCUGUUCUGUACGUGGAAGGAGAUGGAGGAAAUGGGAACCUUCUUCACCUGACUUCUGCUGAGAACAGAUGAUCUGUGGAAAGAGGCCUUUACUAGUUGAAAAUCAAUAUCCUCACAUUAAUUUCUUGGCUGCACAGGUUUUUCAUGUCAGGUGCUAGUGCAUCUCUAACUUCGCACAUAAUACCUCUCACUGGCCUAGCCAUAUUUUUUGUUGUCUCCUACCACUGUACUCAUUGCUUUUUGGGAGUGGGGAAAUAGUUUUAACAUGUUCUGAUUUUUGACUUUUCUGUCUUUCUCCUGUUGCCUCUUUCUCAUACUCAGAGCAGCACAGAAACAAAUUUUUCAUUUUAGAAAAUUUCUCUGUCCUCAGUUUUGUUUGGGGGUUUUGUUUGAAAUGUAAGCUAUCAUUGCAUUUUGCUUAAGGAGUGGGAAAUACUGGGGUGAGCUCCACUGCCCCCUUCACUCCAGAAGUCCUCAGAGGAGGCACCUGCCACAGGUUCUGCUCCUGCACCUGUAUCUCCACAUAGGCCAGCACAAAUACAGAGCUGUGCUGGUGAUAGCACUUGGUGCACCAGCACCUUAUCAGUACAAAGUUAUUGCUGUGAGUCCAGCUCAGUCUGUGGGUCUGCCCCACUGUGUCCCACAAAUGACUCUUUGGGCACAGCUUGAAAGAGAGCACAGGAGAUGGCCAGGAAGUUCUUAACGUUCAACUUUGAGUUUGUGCUUCUGUGUUGAGUUCGGGUGCCCUGGUGUGGGUGGUGUGCCCUGUGCAGGACACAGCUGGUUCCUGGCAGCUCUGCAAUGGACACAGCACACAGCUGAGCAUAUCAGUGAAGCUGGGGCACCUCUGGGGAGGGGUCUGCAAGAAAGGGAAAAUGCUGCAUGGCACAGAGGAGUGAGGAAGAAGGUGAAACUGCCCUCUCAGCACUAAGGUCAGAGAACAAGGAGAGGGAGGAAUUGCUUCAGGUGCCAGAGCAGGUGUGUUCCCUGCAGACCACAGAGGAUCACAUGCCAGAGCAGGUGCAGAUUUUUCCUGUGGAGAGGACCAUGAUGGAGCAACAGAAAGGAGCUGUUACAGACUGCAAUGCCCAUAUUCCUCUUUGCCUUGUGCUGCCUUGGAUGAGGGGAGACAGAGAAGCUGGGGGCUCAAAGUUGAGUCUAAGGAAAGAGGGCAAUGGGAAGGGAAUGUGCUGUUUGAAUUUGCUUUUGUUUCUCAGUGCUUUAAUCCAUUUUAAUUGGCAAUAAAUUAAAUUAGCUUUCCUCAUAUUGAUUCAAAUAUUGAAAUUUACACCUGGGCACAAGUCAUGGUGGAAAAUGCUGAUGUCUGUUUGAUCACUGCAAGUUACUAUUGCCUUUAAUUUUUUAUUUUUAAGAAUUGAUUUUGUAUGAAGGAAGUAGGGUAUCUUGUCUGAAUCAGGAAUUCCAUUUCUGGACGUAUUCUGGUUAGGCCUUUCAAAUCCAGCAUACUCAGUUCACUAGAGUAGAUCUCAGGUGGAGAAUUAACUCAGGAACAUGUCUAAUCCCUUACAUUUCAGCUGGAAAACAAUACCAGAUAUAUUUUUACAGGUUUGAGCAUGGGAGAGUCAUUCUGAGGAGAGGAUGCUGCAGCAGUAGAUUCUACUUUAUAUACUUUGGUAAAGCUGUUCUUACAGGUGCUAAGGGUGUGGCAUCUCCCCAGUAUUGUGUCUAGCAGUGCUUCAGAAUGGGGCAAAGUUUGUGGUGAGUGGCAUCUUUGGUGGAAGUGCUGUUAACUUUGGGAAAAGAAAUAAGCAGAGUUUGGCAAUGAGAUUUAUAUUCUUGUGAGAUUAUUUUCCUGAUUAAGAAGGGAACUUCCUUUAGAGGGUAAGUUUUAUAUGUAAGUUCUUACACCACCUUUGGAAAAUACCUGGCACUGGACACCAAGGGUUCCUAGUCAGGGUACUAUGAUGCACUUACUGCUUUAUAAUGGGGGCAAUGGAAUAUAAAAUUGAUGGAUAGCUUCCUAACAUUAGCUAAAUUAAUCUUUUCAUCUUCUCUCUUCACAUUUCACUAUAAAGAGAAGAGUCUCUGUUACAAGGAACAUGGUGAAUUGUUAGUUGUCCAUAAAACUGUUUAUGAACAGAUGGAUGAAAAAGACUUCUUUGAUAAUGAAUUAGAUGAGCUUCAGAAAGAAUUGUACUUUGACUGUAACUUCAAGUAUUUUCUUCCAAUUGUAUCACUCAUUAUUGAUUAUUGUCUUACUGUUUAUUUAUGGAUAAUUUAUUUGUUAAGCUUUUCUGGCCAUGUCAGGGCCAUAGAAGUAAUGCAUAUGGCAAUUCUCUUUUCUUUUUAAGUUUUAUAGAAGGGAAAGGAAUUAUUCGGGUUUUUUUAGCCACCAUCUGCUCUGGAAAAGUCCAUGAUUAUCCAUGUUCCAUAGCUACCAAAAAUAUUUUGUGCUCAAGUAUUCCAUAAACUUGAGAUUUUUCCUUGGAUCAGGCAAAGUGAAUUUAACAUCUUAAAAAAAAAAAAAAAAAAAGGCAGACUACACUGGAACCAAAUCUAGCAUCUUCAGGAGCUGUGACCUAGGGUUCAUCAGUUGCAAUUGUAAAAAGAUUGAAAAAGAUUGAUGUUUUCAUAGUGAAAUGUUUUUAUUCAUCUAGUUUAAUCUAUGAACAAAAGUUUCUCCAUUCCUCUUAUUUCAGACUUCUGAACUCCUUUGCAAAAUGAGAGAUUGCUAGUGAGAUUAGCUAAUAACUACAAAAAUGGAAAAAAUUUCACUGGGGACAGGUGCUAACAAGAUGUACCAUAAAGUCAGUCAGCAUAAUUAACAUUAGUAAGGUAAGAAGUUUCAGAGAUUAACUGCAGCCUAAUACUUUUGGUGGUACACUGAUGUUUAUUCUGAUCUUGCAAACAAAAAUAAUGUUUGUGACCCCUUGAAAGAACUGGGAAAUAAAGCACUUUCUAAAAUGCCA